AUGCACGUCCUGGAGUUUGCUAUUCUGGUCUGGUUAAUGGUCGCUGUGCUAAAGAAAUUCCAAGACCUUUCACCAAAUUGCAGUGCUGCUGUGACAGUGGUCGGUGUUGGUCAGCUGGUACAAUUCCAGAAAUGUGUCCAAUGCGUGGAACUGAUGAAUAUAUCAAGUUGUGCAUUGAUAGUUCUUGGACAGAUAUUGAAAUUAGACCCAGGCCUGACAGUGAAUUCAGACCUGUUGAUGGUCACCGGCCUGAAGGUGGACCUGACUAUUGGACUAAUGGGCGUCGUCCUCACCUUGGACCUAGACCUUUAAAUGUAACUGAUUAUUGCCAGAUUUAUAGAAACCUCUGCUUGUAUGGACAGUGCAUUCCACUUCAAGGGCCCAGUUAUCGCUGCGAGUGUUAUAUGGGUUAUAAACUUGAUGCAAGAGGAGAGUGUGUUGAUGCUGAUGAGUGUAUAAGCAAUCCCUGUAUGCACGGAAAAUGUGAGAACACGCAAGGAUCUUACUUCUGUCGUUGUGAUCCUGGCUUUCAAAGCACCGCUACUAAGAUUACAUGUGUGG